GCACACCUUCCGGCCAUGUUCGAGGUUCGGGACCGGAUUCGGCUGUGUUGAUGAGUGGUGGGGCUGCGGGUCGAGAAGAGGAGGCUACUGGUCGGCAGGGGAAAUCAGCGAUGGACGUUGCGCCCAGGCGUAAAAGGUCUGGUGACACGUCCGUUGCAGGUAUGGGAGACGAGGUGCCUGUCGUAGACCACAAAGACAAGUGGUGGAUGUUGAACUGGGUUGGAGGAAUCGGGGAACCCUCGGGUGGGCUGGUUUUGUACGUGGUGAUCAAAGAUAACAUUGUUCCGAUUGGCGGUGUGGUGAAGUGGAGUGGAGGAAAUUCACAGUUCGCCAUGUUGGAGUUGACGAUGGUCCUUAACGCUAGAGGUGAGCAGAUGGCGAAUGUCAAACGCGUUGCUCUUCGUUGGGCCAAACACGCUGGGUACGACAAGAAGCUUUAUGACAUUUUAAAUCCGCCCGGGACGGAGAAAUUGACGUUGUCGGACCUUCGAGCGGUUUUCACAUUCUUCGACAGACAUGUGGUCGCAGGGCAUGAGCCGGUGGUGCAUGCUUCCGACCGCAUAUCUGAACCGAAAAGCGUGCUUUCGUCAUCUUUGGAGGCGGCUCCGUCGUCGAAACCAAUCAUUAUAGGUGCCCGCCCUCCGCCAUCACUUCGGACUACGGUUGCUGCAACACGAGUUUCGAAAUCUGGGCAGAUCGGGGAGAAAGGUCCGUGUCGCGGCCAAAUCGUGCCGUCAGCCCCUGUGAAGCGUAGACCAACAUCAACCAAGGAACCCGUUUCCUUGGUCCGCCCGCCACACCAUGAGUUGGCCAUUCCUGCUGGGCCUCAUUAUUUUGGAGAUGACGACGAGGAGAACAACGAGGAAGAUUGGGAGCGCGAUGAAGAACGCAAAGAAUAUGAGGAGGGUGGCAAAGAAGAGGAAGUAGAGAGUGAGCACACAAUCAGCGAGAGGGGUGGGCGGGGCGAAUUGGAGGGUCGUCUAGGGGUCGAGUAUGAGGACAAAGGUCAAGAAGAGGAAACGACCGGCGAGGGAGGGUAUGCAGAUGUGCAUCGGGGUUCCAAACGAACGCAGCUGCUCGCGCCGGGUCAUGGGCAUUGGGAAGCGGAUCCAGGGCGCGGGGAAAUGCACCCCGAGGUUGGGGUCGAGCCGGCGCAUGCCGAUGCAGUCCGACUAGCUGAGAAAAAAAGGAAGAUCAGGCAAGAGAGGAGAAGUGCUUUGGACAGUAAGAAAACCAAGCAGGAGGGGGGAGCCAAGCAAGAGGAGGGCAAACGCAAGUUGAAAAUGUUGCCAAUUGAGGAGGUCGUCCACCGUACGCGGGAGGCUGAGAAGGCCAAGAAGAAAAAAGGGCAGCCAAGGAAAAAAACAGCGAAGGGAGGUGUGAUGGAAAAAACUUUCAUUUUUCCACCGGACCAGCCACAGUCGGAUGAAGACGUUGUGGGCAAGAUAGUCACCAGACCGCCCGGUUUGCAGAUUCUGCCGCCUGGAAAUUCUUCUGGUCAUCUGAGCAAAGGCUUCUUCCUUGAGCUUAACGAGAAUGGUAACCAGAGGCCGGAAAUGCAGUUCAUUUCUAUCAAGUUGGACAGGAUUCUGGAUAUCCCUGACGAGGAAUUCAGAUAUAAUCAACGCUUCCUCGGUCAGGAGCUUAUUGAUGACCUUUACAAAACAAUGGUUGAAUCGGGUGAGGCAGCUAUUAGAGAGAGAACGAUCGGGGCAGCCGGGGUGAAUGUAUGUGCAUUGUACGAGAAGCCUGUCCUUUUGUUGAUUGGGCUACAUGAUACAAUGCAUACUGACGCUUCUGACACAAAUGUGAGGGCGAGAAGAGUGACGCCCGACGAAUUCGAUCUUCAAUCCGUGAGCAAGUACUACUGGUACCCUCUCAGUGGUCAACACAAUGUUGCGGCGGCGAGGAAAUGUUCUCAAGAACGCCGUGCCAUCACCCGUGAGCUCCGUUUGGAUUGCUGGACUGCAAGGCCUGUUUACUAUCUGGAUAGGAGCAUGGAUAACUACUGCACCUUGAGCACUUUCCAAAAUGCGAAGGACAAAUGGAAUACUCCUUCGCACCAGAUUGCUAUCAUUAAGAACAUACGAAAGUUGUGGCAUGCAGCCGGUCGUCCAGAAGCUAUAGACGGAUCUGCUGAAGACGUCAAAAAUAAGGAUUACAGAGAGUUUGCGGCGAUGGCUCUGCGCACGACCGGGAGUGAUCAUUUGGUUACUCUUUCACUUCAGACUUGGACCAAGGAGUGGUCCGACUUCCUCGGGCCUUACAUGGUAUUGGCAAGGGCGACGGACAAUGUGUUCGACAAGGUGCAACAAGUGUAUUCUGCUUGGGAGAGUGGACAGUUAUCGGGGAGAGAUGGUGUGAAGCCUGCCACCAAACAAGGUGAAUCGGGGAAAGCGCCGAGACCUGGCGCCGGAUUCGAGUUGGAAAAAGGAGUCAAGCUUCCUGUGCACUGGAUUCAGGGUACUAGAGGACCUGGUUACCUCAUGGCUGUGCGCGAUCCGGAUGUCAGAUCAUGGAAGGCUAUGUCUACGUUGGGGAGACGUGAGAGGCUUCAACUGUUGCGAUACAUUAUCGCGGGAAGUGUCAUACUGGUUCCAAGGCUAAGUAAAGUUGCUCACACUGCCGGGAAACAUUCGAUGGAGACAUACGUGAAAAUUGUGAAGCAGGAAAGAGCAAUGUUGAGAAUGUUUCACUACUUCGUCUUCAUUUCUGACCCUCACAAGAAGCCGUCAGAGUAGAAGGAACCAUUCUUCGACAACCUUUCUGAUUUGUUCGCUAAGUAUUGUAAUCAAGGAUUGACAUCGGAGAGGUGGAUCGACCAGCGACGGCAUUUCAAAGAAACAUUUCAAAGAAAUGAGUUGGGUGCGGUCAUUUCCGGCUACACUUGGAGGCGAGGAGGAGAAAGGAGAGGAGGGCUUCAAGAAAACAAAAUCGUUUGCAAACAAAUGCCCUGAAGAGUU